GUGUAAAUAUAACUGCUUAUUACAAUUUAUUAUUGUCUAUUUUAUGAGGUUUUCUUCAAGAUUCCUCAAAUAUUAAAAUUUAUUUGAUUUUUUGUUCUUUUUUAAUCUUACUAUAGUGGUGGUUUAUUGUUGCUAUUUGUUACCGAAAUUUAAUUUUUGGUUAAACCCUUAAACGAAUCCGGGAUUCAAUUCCGCUACGCCCAAACACCGCACUUCUCGUCAUCUCCGUUUGUUUCGCGAGAAAAUAAUCAAUUUCGCAUACACCGCUUCUUUCAUUGAACGAAAUCACGACUCCAGAAUGAGUGAAAGCGAGAACCUGCAGCACAAGCGCGAAGGUAACUUCGACUUCAAUUCGGUGGCAAAGAAGUCAAAAAUGGAAAAAGUUGAAAAAUCAGAAUCGUUUAUUGAAAUAGAAGCUGAUGCAGCCGAAGAUAAAGGGUCGAGACACACCAUGGAGGACGCUUGGGUUGUCAGGGUGGAUGCCUUCGCCGAUUCUCCUGACAGUUUGAGAUGUGCGCAUUUUGCAAUAUAUGAUGGACAUGGAGGUCGUUUAGCUGCAGAGUAUGCACAGAAGCAUUUACACGCUACUGUUGUUUCAGCUGGCUUACCACGUGAGUUGCUGGAUGUGAAAGCUGCCAAAAAGGCCAUACUUGAAGGUUUUCUGAAAACAGACGAGUCUCUUCUUCAAGAGAGUGCUUUAGGAGGAUGGCAGGAUGGUGCUACAGCCGUUUGUGUCUGGGUACUUGGACAAACUGUUUUUGUCGCUAAUGUUGGGGAUGCAAAAGCAGUAGUAGCACGAUCUGUGGUUGAUGGGUCCCAGAAUCAUACAGAUGGUUUAAGUUCUUUGAAGGCCAUUGUGGUGACAAGGGAACACAAAGCUAUCUAUCCGCAAGAACGUGCUCGCAUACAAAAGGCUGGUGGUACUGUGAGUACAAAUGGACGAUUACAGGGACGCCUUGAAGUUUCUAGGGCUUUUGGCGAUCGCCAGUUCAAAAAGUUUGGCGUUGUUGCAACCCCAGACAUUCAUUCCUUUGAGCUUACAAACAGGGAGGAGUUCAUCAUUCUUGGCUGUGAUGGGCUAUGGGGGGUGUUUGGACCAAGUGAUGCUGUUGAGUUCGUGCAGAAAUUAUUAAAGGACGGUUUAUCUGUCACAGCUGUGAGCCGCCGUCUUGUAAGGGAAGCAGUUCUUGAGCGGCGCUGUAAAGAUAAUUGCACUGCAAUUGUCAUUGUUUUCAGACACAAGUGAUUGCAGCACCAUUUUAUCCCAAACCAAAUUUCUUGCUUCUUGGUCACCUGUUGCAGAAGGAUUGUUUCUUGUUUGUUGUACAAUCUCACCACAUACAUGCUUGGUGAGUUAUUCAGUUUUGCAUACCAUACCAUCUGAGUUAGGUUUAGCAUGUUACUUUGGCUAUUUAUAUUCAAUAUUCAACUGUUAAAAUUUUGUAAUUGAUGUGAUAGCUGCUAGACUUGUAUCCUUUUUCUUUUUAGUUCCAAUUGCAUGUUGUACAACAAUGAUUAAUGAUUGACAAAUGAAUUGCUGUA